GCUGAAGCCUAUCCUGUUUUUAUCUCUUUCAAAGAACUGGUUGGUCCAGAGGAGUGGAGAUGAGCUCACUGGCAUUCUCAGUCGGGAUUGUGAAUCCCAGAAAGUUUAGCACUGCCAGCACAAAACUACCCAUAAAAAGUUUUGGUUCAACAGAAACAUCAAACAUCAGUUUCUCAAGCCAGUCCCAGCAGAGUAGUAGCUCUUCGGCUCCUCUACUCCAACAAAAGGUGAACCCAGCUCUCCUCGGGAGAAGAGAAGCGCUUGGUUUCGGCUUCUCUUUUUGCUUUCUUGAUGUUCUCUUGCAACCCGAAGCCAUUGCAGCAGCCGACGCGGCUCCAUGUCAGCUCACAGUAGCUCCCUCAGGCCUUGCCUUCUGCGAUAAAGUUGUAGGAACUGGCCCUGAGGCUGUCAAGGGACAGCUCAUUAAGGCACAUUAUGUUGGGAAAUUGGAGAAUGGGAAGGUUUUUGACAGCAGCUACAAUCGUGGAACGCCUCUUUCAUUUCGUAUCGGCGUUGGUGAGGUCAUCAAGGGCUGGGACCAAGGCAUUCUAGGAGGUGAUGGAAUCCCCCCAAUGCUUGCUGGGGGAAAACGCACACUAAAGCUUCCUCCAGAACUUGCAUACGGCAUCAGAGGGGCUGGGUGCAAAGGAGGUUCUUGUAUUAUUCCUCCAGAUUCGGUUCUUUUGUUUGAUGUAGAGUUCAUUGGCAAGGCAUGAGCACUGAGCAGUAGUACGUACCCACAUAGAAACAGACUCAAACAGUGCAUCUCAAUCAAUCAGUUUUUGGGGGUUUUCGAUCUUUAUUUGUAAUGUUGAAGAGAAGAAAGCAUUUGUCAAUUAGAGACCUUAAUUAUGUCAUGAUAGUAGUUCACUUG